GUAGUAGUUUCCGUUAUCCGUUGUAAUUUUUUUCUUUAUCACUAAACAUUCAAAUCAUAACAUUUGAAUUUUUUUUUUUUUAUUAUUGUUCUCGUCAAAACCCUUACGGCGUACUUAGAGUUAAUCAUUUGCACUAAAAAAUAUUCUACUCGCGAUACCGUAUUCAAAUCUACUCGUUAGGAUAUCAUUAGAGAUCGUUGUGCAAAAUAUUUUAUUCGUUAUCCAAGCGACUGAAUUACGAAAUGGAACCUAUGGCUUUGGGAUCACCGUCGCACGACAGUCCACAGAAACCUACAUAUCUUCCAGGUUACUUGAUGGGUGAACGUGCACAAUCGCCGAUCGGUAAUGUUUCAAUCAGCACCAUGUCUCCAUUACGUGCUAAUCGUAGCCAUACCUCAGAUGUACACACUACAUUUUUAAUGCGAAAUUUUCAUCACGAACUAAGCGAUAAGCCAUCUUCCACUCCAAUUUUAAAUAGAGUCAAUGAUGAACCAACAAAAGCUCCAACAAUUGAUUUAUUUGAUAUGCUCAAUACUUCUGACUAUAGAGAAGAACAGUGUAACAAUAAAGAAAACAAACAAUUUUACUCUGAUAAAAACAAUCUGUUUGAACAACCUAAAACUACUCCAGGGUGUUGGAUUACAGUUUUUGGCUAUUCAAUUUCAAAUAAAGAUGAAAUAUUAUCUAAAUUUAUACACAUGGUGUCAUGUUGUGAUGUGAGAGAAGCUGGGCCAAAUUGGGCACACAUAUGUUUUAGUGAUUCUACAGAUUAUCAUCGAGCUCUAUUAUUUAAUGGUCAUGUAACCAAUAAUGGGGCUAUGAUUGGAGUUAUUCCGUGUAAUGAUAAGACAAUUUUAAAUGAAAAUAUUAGCCCUACUGAUUCACAUCCAGGACCAAGUACUGAAAUUUUAUCGAAAUCUCUGCGUUCACCAAUUUUAGGUCAACAAUUUUCAAGUCCAAAUGAUUCUAUUUCUAAGAGAAAUAAUAUUAGACCAAUGGCUAUAAAACCUAUACCUAUUCAAGGAAAAAAUAACUCUCCUUCAGCUACAACUUCAAAUGGUAUUGUUACAAAAACUUUGGAAUAUUUGUUUGGUUGGUAGGUAAGAAAUUUAAAUAUGUGUAUAACAAAACACUAAUAGAUUUUCAAACCAUUCUUUUAUAUUUUAUUAAUUAAUGCUUUUUUUUUUUCAAUUA